AACGUAUCCGCGACUAAUUUCGGAGCAGUGUCGACUCAGUCUUAGCUGGUGCAGCAUGGUUUUUAUUCCUACCGGUUGAACACCAGUUUAUUAAUUUCUUAUCCCUUGAAUAGGACUGUUUUGUUAUUUAUGACAGUUUGUUGAUUGUGUAACAAAUCACGAUGGCUCAAUCCGGUCUAGUUGGUCGGGAGUUGGCUCUGACAAUGCUCAGAGUAUUGCCCAGAGUUUGCUUGGGUAACCUUAGGCCAAAUCCUGGCUCCAGACACAAGAAAAAACGAGGUAGAGGACAGCACGGAGGAGACAAGCACGGUUUUGGUAACAAAGGUUCAGGACAGCGACAGAACUUUAUGAGGACUGGAUAUGAAACUGGAAAUACUCCAUUCUAUCUGCGUUUUGGUUUUGAACCAUACUACAAAGGUCAUCAUUUAAGACGACAGUAUCCACCUAUGUCUUUGGAACAACUUCAAUUAUUAAUUGACACAAAUAGAAUAGAUACCAGUAAACCCAUAGAUCUGACAACUUUAGUCAAUACCGGAAUUAUACCUGUUAAACCUGAUUGGAAACAUUACGGUAUUCAUUUAACAGAUGAGGGUGCUGAUCUAUUCAAAACAAAAAUUAACAUUGAAGUUCAAUGGACUUCAGAACCAGUGAUAGCAGCAAUUGAAAGAAAUGGAGGAGUUAUAAGGACAGCUUUUUAUGACAUGAAUAGUGUUUAUGCUGCUGUCGAUCCAGAAAGACAUUUCAAAAGAGGUGAACCAAUUCCACGUCGAAUGCUACCUCCAGCAGAUUGUUUGGAGUAUUACUCUAGCGCAGAAACUAGAGGGUAUUUAGCGGACCCAGAGAAAAUAAGUGAGGAACGAUUGGCUUUGGCGCAGAAGUAUGGUUAUGAGUUACCCAAAAUAGAGGAUGAUCCUGAUUAUGACAUGUUGAACGCUCGCAAAGACCCUCGUCAAAUCUUUUAUGGACUUGAACCAGGAUGGGUUAUAAGUCUUAAGGACAAGGCCAUCCUUAAGCCAAAGGCAGAUUAUUUGAAAGAAUAUUAUACUAGUUAAAUUUUUUACAGUAUAAAUAUUGUUGAUCAGUGACAAACAAAAAACAAAUGUACUCUACAAAUGUAAGUUGUAAAUAAUUAUUAUUCUAGAUAUAAUAAGAGUAUAAUACAAUUCAUAGUUCUUGAUUUAAACACCUUGGAUUAUUUCACAUAAUACAUGGAAAUUUGAUUAUUUAUCUGGUUUAUCCAUAUUGGUUUGAAUGAUAAAAAAUAAUUUAACAACUAUAGUUGAAGCAUGAAGUUUCGUGACUAUAGUUUUUAAAAGACAUUGUAAACUUCUAGCAAAUUUGUAAAUAAUUACAUCAUAAAACAUACUCAAAAUCAAA